GUCAUGUGAUUCUGGCUUUAGAGUCAUGAAGAAAACACAACUAAAGGAGUUGUCUAUUCCUCUCUGCCCAGUUUAAGAAAGCCACUAAGCCAGGCAUGUGGCAGGAAGUUCCUAAGAGGAUGUUUCUAGAAGCUCUGAAGCCCUGAGUUGUUGGAAGUCUUAGAGCUGCAGAAGCCAGUUUUUAGUCAGGAAGUGGAAACAGAUAAGCUUGUUGCCCUCAGCAAAGAGGGAGGAGCAAACUCAUCUAAGCCCUUUAACCUCGGGCACUGCAUGGGUGCUGGGAAACAGACUCUGAAAAGGCAGCAAAUAUCCCCAGCCACGGAGUCAUCUUUCCAGUCUCUGUUUUCUUACCUGCAAUGGGCCUACAUACAAUCCUUUCUGGCAUGCAUCCACCAGCUUCAGUCAGGGUGUUGGAAUAUAGGAAACUGUUAGCCAGAUGUUCCAUUGUACAGAACUAAAAGUUCAGAAUUGAGAAAGCAGAAAGGAACAUAAAAUUUCUGGGAGGAAGAGAAAUCAAAUAUCUUCAAUCAUAUCAUUACAAAAGGAUCCCAGUCGACACAUACAAAAAGAGCAAUAGAAAUUAAAUAUGGCUCUUUUAUAAACACCGUAGGAAUAGUUCUUACCAAUAAGAUUCUUUGGCUUUCAUUAAAGCCAUGGCAUAACAUGACUUGGAAGGGAACACUCUUUUUCCGAAAUCAGCUGCUGCUUCAGUUUGCUUGCCAGUUUUGGAAAGGAAGAGAUAUCCUCCCCUGGAAUAUGCCAUCCAAUGGAAGAACUACAGUCACUGAAUACAGGAGAAACUGAGACCUUGGGUCUCUCUCUAUGAUGUCUGUGGAUCAUGAAUAUUUGGCCUGAAGCUACAAUGAAGGAGAAAGGAAAAUUCUGCAUGGAGAUGUACUGUGCAAAGCAUCAAGCAGGAGUUUUUGAAAAUAAAUACCAAUGAAAUAAAAGGUAAAAGAAUGACUUCAGGUCUCUUUGGACUCAACAUUACUUAAACACACAUGAAACCUGCAAUCUAUGGUCCUUGAUUAGAUCCUGGAUUAGGGAGAGACUACAGAACAUGUGAACAUGGCUUCUCAAAUAAUAGGGCUGCACCAGGGCUGUGCAUCCUGAAUGAGCUCCACAUUUUCUCUUCAUUCCAUGGAGUUCUGGUUCUUAAGAAAUCCAAUAUAUUUAAGAAUGAAGGUGAACUUAAUGAAGGAGAUGAUGCAUUGAAGUAAAACACUUAUCUGUGUAUUCACUGUAUAAUUUCCUAGGACCAAAGGCAUAUACAUUUAUUAACACGUCAAAGUAAGCACAGGCUAAUGGUUCCAUCACCAAACAUGGCCACUGGCCAAAUCAAAUAAAACACAUUGCAAUCCCCUUUCUCUAGAGGCAACACAGAAAAGGGAAUUUCAAGGGUUUGGUAAGUGAUAUUUUAGAAGAACUCAAAGUAUUUAAGGAGUAGACCAUGACAUUGGCUAAAUACCUUUGAGAUACAGAAGAGAUAGUGGCUAAGAUGCAGAGAUGAUUGUUUCAUAUUGCACUGUAUACACCAAGGUACAAGGCAACUUCUUUUCAAGUGCUUUGAUGGUAUGAUGUGAGCUGUAUUUACGAAACUCAUAGUAGUUACUGCAAGUGAGUCUUCCUUUGAUAGUUCUGAAAUUUUUUGACCCGAUAAGGGAAAUUUGCAGCAAGCUAAGAAACGGGGGAUUCAAGUGUGGCUUAGAAGGAUAGGAAAUAGGGCGGGCUCUAAGAGUUUUAAGUCCUUCCAGAAUAAAUCUCUCAGCAUGCCACACUUCUGUAGCUGUGUUCUAAGAAGCAGUGUUUUGUGCUUAGUUUGCUUUCACUUGAGUUCUGAAGGUGAUGCACAAUUUUAUAUGUGCUUACAUAGUUUUAUUCCUUAUUCCUGGAAGACUCUGUUACAGCAUUCAUUAUAAAUCAUCACAAGGUAAUUGAUCUUCGGUUCUAGUUUCUCUUUCAUCUGUACAGGUAAUGAGUUGAAAGAAAACAUCUGAAGGUUGGAGAUUCCAAACUAAGAAAAUCAAUUUUUGUGAGAGUCUUCAUAGUAGCCAGGAACCUAUGGGAACCUUACACUGGGACAUUUGAUGAGAAGAUUAAGUGCUUCAUGAGGCUUAACAUAGCAACACAAAUAUUUAAAUUGCCCCUACACUUUACAACCUUAAGUGCUGUAUUUUAUAUAAAAGGCACAAAAUGAAUAUUGUUAUUGAAAAAAAUUGGAUGCACCAGAGGACUUGGGAUCACUGAGAGCAAAACAUGGAACAUACUGAGAAAUCACACGUGCACACGGAGAAAGGACUCUUAGGAAAGAUAAAACGUUGCCUCUCAAAGAAACCACUGCCAUCUCCAACUGACCGGAAGAAGUUCGAUCAAGACUUUGCCAUGUCCACUUCCUUUCAUGGGAUACAUAAUAUUGCCCAGAACCAGAACAAAGUUCGAAAGGUGAUCUGGCUGUCUGUGGUGCUGGGCUCUGUCUCGCUCUUGGUCUGGCAAAUCUACAGUCGUUUGGUCAAUUACUUCACAUGGCCAACGACAACAUCUAUAGAAGUUCAGUAUGUGGAAAAAAUCGAGUUCCCAGCUGUGACACUCUGUAACUUGAACAGAUUCCAAACAGAAGCAGUAUCUAGAUUUGGCAUCAUUUUCUUCUUGUGGGACAUAGUCUCCAAAGUCCUCCGCCUUCAGGAAACAAGUGCCAACCACACUGUCUCUCCAGAGACCUUAGAUUUUGUUACGAAUCACCAAAACUUCAGCAUUACAGAGUUUGUCAAGAACAGUGGUUUUUAUCUCAAUAACGACACUUUGGUGCACUGUGAGUUCUUUGGCAAAACAUGCAGUCCAAAGGAUUUCAAGCACGUCUUUACUGAAUAUGGGAAUUGCUUCACUUUUAACUACGGUGAGAAUAUCCAAAGCAAGAAUAAAGUGAGUUUGUCCGGAAGAGGCUUGAAGCUGCUCCUCGAUGUCCACCAGGAGGAAUUCACUGACAACCCAGUCCCUGGUUUUGCUGAUGCUGGGGUCAUCUUUGUUAUUCACUCACCAAAGAAGGAGCCACAGUUUGAUGGCUUAGGUUUGUCUUCUCCUGUGGGAAUGCAUGCACGGGUGACCAUCCGCCAACUGAAGACUGUCCACCAGGAGUACCCAUGGGGAGAAUGCAAUCCCAACAUCAAACUGAGAAACUUCAUUACCUACAGCACUUAUGGUUGUCUGAAGGAGUGCAAAGCCUGGCAUAUACAAAGGCUAUGUGGAUGUCUGCCCUUCCUGCUUCCAGGAAAUGGUGUAGAGUGUGACCUACUAAAAUACUACAACUGUGUGUCUCCCAUCCUUGAUCACAUCGAGCGUCAGGGACUAUGCACAAUGGGAACACACAACUCCAGCUGCCCUGUGUCAUGUGAGGAAACAGAAUACCCAGCUACUGUUUCUUAUUCUACUUUCCCAAGUCAAAGAGCAACAAGAUUUCUUGCCAAGAAAUUGAAUCAAAGCCAAGAAUAUAUCCGGGAGAAUCUCGUGAACAUUGAAAUAAACUAUAGCGACUUAAACUACAAGAUUACGCAGCAACAAAAGGCCGUGAGUGUGCCCGAGUUACUUGCAGAUGUUGGCGGUCAGCUGGGACUAUUCUGUGGAGCUAGUUUGAUUACAAUUAUAGAAAUUAUUGAAUAUGUUUUCACCAAUUUCUACUGGGUACUCAUUUUCUUUUUGCUGAAAAUACUUGAAACGAUCCAGCGGACUUCCCCACCUCAGGCAGUUUAGAAGAAUAUGAAUAUUCUAUUAAAAUAAAAGUGUUGGUUUUCUUUUCAUACUACAUUUAAUUAUAAUGGCUUAUUCACUGUUAUGAGACUUUAUGUCACAGUUUGGAAAGUCUAAUAAAAAUCAUUGAAGAUUCCCAUUUC